AUGAAUGAGGGGAAGGAUGAGCAGAAAACCCUUAACCCCUAUGCAAAGCCGAUACUUGGGAAGUGUUUCAAGUGCAACCAACCAGGCCAUCGUUCUAGUGAUUGCCCACGUAGAAAAGCUGUGAAUAUUGUGGAAAGAGAAAAGGAGGAAGAAGAAUUCUGCUAUGGUCCAGAUGGAGAAGAUGAACAGUAUGAGGAGGAUGAGGUGCAGGUGCAGAAUUUUAUUACCGACAAGGAAUUAUAUUUUAGAAGACGAAGGAAACCAACAAUGAGUGACAUAGAAAAUCAUACUGUGCUUGCGGAAUCAUUUGAAGAUAACUCGAGAACUUUGGUUGAUAAUAAGCAAAUUAUUGAAGAUAAUGAGUGUCCCGCAUUAAACAACGAACUGCCAGAAGAAGACAAUGAGCUUAUCCCUAAGGUUGGAAUGAAGUUCAAUGACGAGAAGGAAGUUUUUGACUUUUAUAAAAGAUAUGCUUACCAUGUGGGUUUUCCUGUUAAAAGAAGGAGUUCGAAUAAGGGAGAUGAUGGGUUGGUAAGAUAUGUGGGAUAUGCAUGUUGUCGAGAAGGCAAAAGAAAUAUUAAAGGUAAUACCUCCCUGAACCCUCAACCAACAAUGCAAUUAGGGUGUAAAGCUAGAAUGACAGCAUGUUCAGAUAUUUUAGGGACAUGGCGAAUAAACAUGGUUCAUCUUGAGCAUAACCAUAAAACAAGUCCAACCAAGUCUAGGUUAUAUCGAUGCAACAGGCAAUUAAACGAACAUGUGAAGCGACAGCUUGAAGUGAAUGACAUAGCUGGAAUUCCAUUACACAAAAGUUUUAACUCAGCUGUUGUUGAAGCUGGUGGAUAUGAGAACCUGACAUUUGUGGAAAAGGAUUGCAGGAAUUACAUUGAUCAGGUGAGGAGGUUAAGACUUGGAGAAGGAGAUGCUGCUGCUAUUCAAGCUUAUUUUUCAAAGAUGCAAGCCUUUUGUCCGGGUUUUUACUUUAGUGUGGAUUUGGAUGAAGAGUAUCGAUUGAAGAAUGUCUUUUGGGCUGAUAAUAGGUGUAGACAAGCAUUCAAGGAAUUCAGCGAUGUUGUCACAUUUGACACCACAUACUUGACAAAUAGAUAUGACAUGCCUUUUGCUCCAUUUGUUGGUGUAAAUCACCACGGCCAGUCGACACUGCUUGGAUGUGGUAUAAUUUCCAAUGAGGACACCAAGACUUUCGUGUGGCUCUUUAGGACAUGGCUUGAGUGUAUGGAGGGUCAGGCCCCUAUAGGAAUAAUCACUGAUCAAGAUAGGGCCAUGCAAAAUGCUAUUGAGAUGGUCUUCCCUAACACAAAGCAUAGAUGGUGCUUGUGGCAUAUAUUAAAGAAGUUGCCUGAAAAAUUUGGGAACCAUGGCUGCAAGGCUUAUAUUCUUUCAGCUAUACAUGACGCGGUGUAUGAAUCACAGAGUCCUGGAGAAUUUGAGCAAACCUGGAAUUCAAUGAUUGAGCAAUAUGCAUUGCAUGACAACGAUUGGUUGUAUGGGCUUUACAAAGAAAGAGACUGA